GAGGUAUUUACACACGAGAGUGCAGGGGGCUUUCAGAGACAGGAGGGGGGCAGAUUAAUGCUUUGAGCUGCAUUAAAUAUUACCUCAAUUAUGUCUCGGAUAUUAAAUCUGAUCAACGUCCAGCUGCGGAGAGAUUUGGCCGCGUAUCGAGGGAUCGCCCGUCUUCCAUUGCGGACCAUAAGCUGCGAUUCAAGAAAACAGGCUGCACAGAGUGAUGCAAACUCAGUGUUGGGAAAGCGGUGGAAGGACACUGCAGACACUGUCAUCAUUGGUGGAGGAUGUGUGGGAGCCAGUAUCGCCUAUCACCUGGCCAAAGGUGGCAUGAAGGAUGUGGUGCUGUUGGAGAAGUCUGAGCUGACUGCUGGGUCCACAUGGCAUGCUGCCGGUUUGACGACAUAUUACCAUCCAGGCAUCAACCUCAAGCACGUCCACUAUGACAGCAUUAAGUUAUACGAGAGUCUGGAGGCUGAAACCGGACAGGCGGUGGGCUUUCACCAGCCGGGCAGUGUCCGCAUCGCUUCAACAGCAGCUCGAGUGGACGAGAUGAAGUACCAGAUGACCCGCACACACUGGCACGUGACCCCGCAGUACUUAAUCGGACCGGAGAGAGUCCAGGAGCUUUUCCCCCUGGUCAACGUGGACAAGGUGCUGGCGGGUCUUUACACCCCCGACGACGGCCACAUUGACCCUUACUCUCUGACCAUGGCUCUGGCUGCUGGAGCUCGUAUGUAUGGCGCCCAGAUCUACAACCCAGCCCCGGUCAACGGCCUCAAACCCACCGCUGAUGGCAAGUGGGACGUUCAGACUCCUCAUGGGACCAUCAGAGCAAACCGCAUCGUCAAUGCAACAGGUUUUUGGGCCCGGGAGGUGGGUCAAAUGAUUGGCUUCGAUCACCCCACCAUCCCAGUGCACCACCAGUACGUAGUCACAGCGACAGUGCCAGAGGUGAAGGCGCUGAAGAAGGAGGUGGCUGUCAUCAGGGACCUGGAGGGCUCAUACUACCUGCGUCAGGAGAGAGAUGGCCUGCUCUUUGGUCCGUAUGAAAAGAUGGAGAAGAUGGUGCUGCAGGACUCCUGGGUCAGAGAUGGAGUGCCUCCAGGUUUCGGUAAGGAGCUGUUUGAGUCUGACCUCGACAGGAUAAUGGAGCAUGUUGAGAUGGCCAUGGAGAUGGUUCCUGUGCUAAAGACAGCUGAUAUCAUCAAUAUUGUGUCUGGACCAAUCACAUAUACCCCUGACCUGCUGCCCAUGGUCGGACCACACCAUGGAGUUCGCAACUACUGGGCCGCCAUUGGAUUUGGGUAUGGCGUUAUCCAUGCUGGUGGUAUUGGUAAGUUCCUGAGCCACUGGAUUAUGCAUGGUGAGCCUCCAUACGACCUGAUUGAAUGUGACCCCAACCGCUACGGCAAAUGGACGGAUAUACCUUUCAUGUGUGCCAAAGCUCGAGAAUCAUAUGGCUUCAACAACGUGGUUGGUUACCCCAAGGAGGAGCGUUUCGCUGGCCGACCAACUUGCAGGAAAAGUGGUGUUUACGAGCUGUUGAAGGACAAAGCAUCUAUGGGCUUUCACGCUGGCUGGGAACAACCUCACUGGUUCUACAAACCCGGAGAUGACACUGGAUACAAGCCCAGUUUCCGACGCACAAACUGGUUUGGACCAGUUGGCAGAGAGUGCAAGCUGGUGAUGGAGAAGGUGGGAGUGAUUGACCUGACACCUUUUGGCAAGUUCGUAGUGAAAGGGAAGGACUCAACCAAGCUACUGGACCGCCUGUUUGCCAACACCAUGCCCAAGGUGGGCCAGACUAAUAUCAGCCACAUGUUGACACCCACUGGGAGAGUCUUUGCUGAGGUUACCAUCACCCAGCUGUCACCAGGAGAGUUCUUGCUCCUCACAGGCUCGGGGUCAGAGCUGCAUGACCUCAGGUGGAUAGAGGCAGAAGCUGCAGACGGAGGAUAUAACGUCGACAUCAGCAACGUGACAGACGAAAUAGGCGUGCUCGGCAUUGCAGGACCAAACGCCCGCAAAGUUCUUCAGAAACUGACAAAAGAGGACAUGAGCGAUGCCGGAUUCAAAUUUCUUCAGUGCAAAUCAAUCCAGUUGGCUGGCGUUUCUCUCCGAGCCAUCAGGAUCUCCUACACCGGUGAACUUGGUUGGGAGAUGUACAUGGACCAGAAGGACAUGGCAACUGUGUACAAGGCCAUGAUGGAGGCAGGAAAAGACGAAGGCAUCGAUAAUUUUGGUACCUACGCCAUGGGGUCCCUCAGACUAGAGAAGGGCUUCAGAGGCUGGGGAGCUGAGAUGAACUGUGACACGAAUCCUCUGGAGGCUGGAUUGGAGUAUUUCAUCAAACUGAACAAGCCUGGUGACUUUAUUGGAAAGAAAGCCCUCCAGGAGAUCAAAGCCAAGGGCCUGAAGAGGAAGCUGUCCUACAUCACGCUGGAUACGGAUGAUAUCGACCCCGAGGGAAAUGAAACCGUCUGGCACAACGGGAAGGUGGUCGGUAACACGACAUCCGGCGCCUACAGCUACACCACCCAGCAGAGCCUGGCGUUUGCCUACCUGCCUGUGGAGCUGUGCUCUGUGGGUCAGAAGGUAGAGGUGGAGCUGCUUGGAAGGAAAUACCCCGCCAUGGUCAUCCAGGAGCCCUUAGUCCUCACCGAGCCCACACGGACCCGCCUGCAGAAGAAAGCAAAGAGCAAAUAAACAUAAACAAAGACUGUCCUCCAUCAGUUUCACACCAGCUUAUGAAGAACAAUCCUACUGUGAAUUAUGCUUGAUAAUGUAGGAGGCUGUGACGAAUGCUAACGCUGUCAGGGCCAAUGUACUGAGCUGUGUUACGUCCUCAUUUCAGCUGCCAGUUAAGGGAAAAAGAGUCAUAUGAUUUCUGCCAGUCUGUGUCACAUUUUCACAUCAACAACAUCAUCACAACUUCCUCUACGUGCCUUGAAAGCAGCUGAAAACAGAUUCAAAAUGUGAGAAUGCUUAGAGCCAUUUUAUGAAUGUAUCUUUCUGAAAUAAUACUUGUGAUAUACUUGCACCAAAAUGUCUUAAAGUGUUGGAAGAGUAAUUCACUUUUCUGUAAUUCCAUAAAGGGAUGAUAAUGGUUUACAGGUCAACAUUUGUGACUUGAACAUUUGAAGCUUUUUUUUUUAAAUAUUUCUUGCAACAGAAAGGGUUACAUAAAAAUCAACUUUGUGCUUUUUCGGAAAUGUGGAAAUAAUGGUGCUGCUUUUUUAAUAGUCAUGAGAAGACUUUGAGUCUAUGACAAAUGUAACAAAGCACAAUUAAUGUACAAGUAAAGCUGCUGCAUCAAUAACCAAAAGAAACCGAAUGCAAACUUGUACAAACAUUUUUUUUAUAGAUCUGUUUUUGUACUAAUAUGUAAUUAAAUUGGUGUACAUUAAUACCUCAGUAAUUAAAACAAUGCACUCACUG